AUGAUAAAGCGUCAGCCAAGGCCAGGUGUUGAGUUCCUGGAUGGGGCCGCCACGAUGCAGCCAACCCCAGCGUGCUGGGGAACCGCCUGCCUGGAUCAGUCCCCGGGGCUUCUCUCGGAGAGUGCCAGCCAAGGGUAUGAUUCUCGCUUUGGGUGCAAGUGGUCCUGGGUUCAUAUCCUGGACGAGCCCAGCCAUCAGACUUUUGCAAAUGGCUUGGAGAAAAAGGCAGGGAGCUCUGUAGGGAAGCGUGCGAUCUGGGUCGGUCUGAAAAGAGGCAGCCUAGAGCAAGGCGAGAGCUAUGGAAACCUCCUGGCUCAUUUAGAAACUGAAGACCCAUCAGAAGCAGCUUGCAAAGUGAAGGAGGAAUUGGAGUCAUUUGAAAAUGCCACGCUAAAUAUCGCCAUCACGGGAGAGACAGGUGCUGGAAAAUCAUCCUUCAUCAAUGCCAUCCGGGGUGUGGGACACGAGGAUGAAAAUGUGGCUGCGACUGGGGAGACAGAAACAACAAGGAAGCCAACUCCUUAUCCACACCCAACCUACCCCAAAGUAACAUUCUGGGACAUGCCAGGAGUUGAAACACCAGAUUUUCAGAUAGACCAAUAUCCUGAAAAAGUAAACUUUGACAGCUAUGAUUUCUUCAUCAUUAUAGCUUCUGAGCGAUUCAAAUCCAGCCAUGCCAAGCUCACGAGGGAGAUUUGGGGAAUGGGAAAGAAGUUUUACUUUGUGCGCUCCAAAGUAGAUGCUGACUUGUAUAAUGCCAAGAGGCAACGACCCUCCACCUACAAGGAGGAGAAAAUCUUGGAGAUGAUUAAAGAGAAUUGCGUACAGCACCUUGAAGCAGAAGGGAUGACCUCUCCUAAGGUUUUCCUUCUCUCCAGCUUUGAUCUAGAGAAGUAUGAUUUCCACGACCUAGUGGACACUUUGGAACAUGAACUUCCCAGUCACAAGAGACACGCUUUCCUGCUCAGCCUGCCGAACGUUUCUCCACAGACCUUACAAAAGAAGAAGGAAGCCCUAAAACAGCAGCUAUGGAAAUUAGCCCUCCUGUUGGGAGCUGCGUCUCGAGGCAUGGCUGCGAUUCCUGGUUCUCGUAGCAAAAGUCUCUCUCUUGCUUUUAAUGUUCCCAUCUCGCUGAAAUGCAUGUGCGACUAUUCCAAGAGCUUCGGCCUGGAGGACGACUCCCUUGAAAAACUCGCUCAGCUCUCUGGAAAGUCUGUCAGUGACCUGAAAGCCGUGAUAAAAACCCCUUUGGCCAAAGAUCUAACAGUCAAAUAUGUGUGGGAAUUACAGAGCCAGAGCCCAGUCCUGCUCACUUUGAAGUCAAUGGGCGUUUUAUUAUCAUCUUCAAUGGGAGCUAAAUUGCAGGCCAUGACUGAGACUUGGAUGCUGGUAGCAGUAUUUUGUGUUAUGUGCCCUCACAGCUGGUGGAAUUUCUUAUAGUACCACCGGCUUCGCGCUGCACAUAUUCCUAGAUGCAGUUGUAGAAGACGCACAACGAAUUUGGGAGGUUGUUUUGGAAGAAAAAGGGAAAAAAUCUAUAUAACAGCAACGAACCGUCCAUAGACUUGGGAGUGAAUGAAAGAAGCCGAACCCUGCUGAAGAUUGGAGCUGAGCUAUUCAAAAGCCUCACCUAUGCUAGCGAAAGGGAGACUUUUUAUUCUUGAAUUCGCUCCAGCAGAAGAGAAGGAAAUGCCAAACGAGACUGCGGGGUGAUUGUUUGAUUUGUAUUCCGUUUUUCAUUCACUGAAUUAAAUGAAAUACAUAUGAAAUCGUUCUGGGGUAAGCUUGCAGAUUUAUACCCCCAAUACUGAAACAAGAUCAGAAAGGUAAAUACUUCUGUGAUAUGAGAGAGUCUGGUAUGUCUAGAACUGAAAGGUGAUGGGUAAUUAUUUUAGUACUUCCCCAAAUAUGACCAACUGUUCCAGAUCUUAAAUUGUAGCUUGCAGGUUUUUUGGAUUUAACAGUAAGGAGUUUCAACAAAGAAGAUAAAUGGUCCCAUUUGCUGCCUAAGCAACUAAACAUUUCCUACACAAACUACUUCCCAGGUGGAGAAACUUGCUAUUUUUAUAUCAUAACAACAAUCUGAUAUUCUUUGGGAGCAAUAUUAAGUCCUCCUUUUGGGGGCCUGUAUGUAGAUAGACAGAUGGGAGUGUAUGGGGAUGGAUAGACAGACAGAUGAGAGUGUAUGGGGAUGGAUAGAUGGCUGUACGUAGAUAGACAGAUGGGAGUGUAUGGGGAUGGAUAGACGGCUGUGUGUAGAUAGGCAGAUGGGAGUGUAUGGGGAUAAUGUGACUUUAUUGACAUGAACUGUGACCAUAUAGAUCAUUGUUGCAACCAGGG